AUGACUCGGGGAGAAAUCGACGUUCUACCGGAGAUUCUGUUCUCUCAGCAGACAAAGAAGCAAUUCAGCCGUGUGCUAGGCUUUGAUCUUGGAUCAUCUGCCCUUAGUUGCUCGCUUUCCAAUGACAAGACACCAAUUACUGCCACUGUGUUUCAGGACUGGGCCAAUGGAUCGAAAAACGAACCGCUUUUUCCUUCUUGUAUCCAGUACAAGAACUGGUCAAAGACAACAGACUGCAACAACAUUAAAAUAGGCUUUGACGGCCGCCCUGAAGAAAAUCCACUGGACGAAGGUGAUCUCUACAUCCCAAGCAUCAAACGCCAUGUCAUCCAAUGGAUUCAACAAGGCACUCAAGAUGACCAACCCGAUGCCCUUCUGGUUCUUUCCGAUUUUUUCAAGGCUACUCGUACUCACUUUGAAAACGCAUUCAAGAGGUUCAAUGAAAAGCUGGACAAGACUCAAGAACAAAAACAAAAAGCUUGCAACCCGAAAACUGCUGCUGCUACAAAACAUUAUAGCUUGGGUGAUUGUCGAUUUAGUUUCGCCGUGCCUGAUGGUCUUGCUUGCAAAUCAGAGUAUACAAAUCUCAUUCGAAAGGCUUUUGUGCAGGCUGGUUUUCUCAAGCAGGAAGAUGUUGCCAAUCGACUGAUAUUCGUAAGCGACGCGGUCGCUGCAGGUUACAGUUGUGUUCACGCACCACAGAACUUUAGCGGCAUAGAGCUUGACACCAACUACCUUGUCGCUGAUCUGGGGUAUGAUUCAACCAAAAUCGCCAUCGUUCAAGCCCAAAAAACUGCAGCCACCAGCACUGUUUUACCAUCCGCACACGAAACUGCAAUUGCAGGCUAUGGUAGCUUCAGUGACAAUUUUAGAAAGUACAUCACAGAGAGAUCAGAUACAUUCAACCUGGAUGCCACUCAACCCGAGAAGGUGGAUUUGUUUGUUGCUGCUUUUGAAACAUACAAGACGAGCAAUAUUGACUUGAAUAACGACACUGGAGAAACCGAAUUUACUGUCAACAAUGAGCCCGUCAUUAUUAGCAACAGAGAUCUGCGAGAACAUGUAUUCAAACCCUACCUGGAUGACAUUUUCAGCCUCGUCUUUAAGCAUUGUCAAACCUACAGAAUAGCCAAGAUCUUUUUCCGUGGACAGUAUUGCCAAGAUCCGUACUUUGACAAGGCCUGCAGCAACUUUGUCACAGACGGUCAAUACAGUUUUCAUCGUAUACCCAGAUGUUUCGUCUGGGGAAAGGAGCCAGAAUACAUGAUUUCCAAUGGCGCUGUUUCCUAUGGUCUUCGCUCUGCCUUGGUACAGGUUCCCUUAUUCAAGCCCACAGAGACUCCUGCCAACCAAUCAGAUGAAAGCAGUAAAGUGCAGAAAACGAAGGACAGCACUACAUCAAGCGACAAGUUCUCUCAUUUAGAUUUACCCAAGGGCCAUUUUGCAGUUGGCAUUGAUUUUGGUACCACAUUUUCGGGAUGCUCAUAUGCUGAUAUUAGCAAGAUGAAGCCGGGAGAGAAGCGCGCCAUCGAAACAAUCGACGUUUGGGACAAAGCCUCUACCUAUCCAAAGAUCUCCACUGCUCUGAGGUACAAUCAGAGCUCUGGCAAGUUUUCGAAAUUUUGGGGGUUUGAUGCAUUGAAAGCCAAGAACGAAAUGAAGCCUGGAGACCUAAAAUUACAGUACUUUAAGCUCUUACUUUCGCCUGAAAAUGUCAAGAGAUUCUAUGGCAAUGGCAACAGAGAGAUCAGAGACGUUCAAGACCAAUUAUACAUGGUUGACUUGAGCUCUAAUGGCAACAGACAGGCCGGGAAUUCCAAAGCCUUAACACCGGUUGAUAUCAUUGCCAAGUAUCUCAAGUAUUUUAACAGCAGAAUCAAGGAGCAUUUGGAGAAAAAGACGGGCAUCAAGGCUAAAUCACUGAAACUAAAAUAUGUCAUUACUGUGCCUGCCAUGUGGACGGAUACUGGACGAGCUACUAUGAUCGAGGCUGCUAUCCAGGCUGGCCUUGUCAAAAGCAAUGAAGGAAAGUAUAUUCAACUAAUCACAGAACCCGAGGCAGCGGCACUUUCUUGCGAGAAGUUCAUGAAGGAUACCUUGAAGUUGAAUAGUGCUUUCUAUGAAGAAGAAUUGGUCUUUACUGUUUUUGACGCUGGAGGAGGUACUGUUGAUCUAGUCACUUUCAAGCAGACCAUUGGAAAGACAGAGGAUGGCAAGGAGGAAAGAAGUAUCAAGCAGAUUGGAGAUGGUAAUGGCGAUACUUGCGGUGCCGCUUAUUUGGACACAAGAUUCAAAGAAGCCAUCAUUGAUUUUUACAAUGAUACCAUGGGACAAAGAAUCAAAGGAGAAGGCUUCUUCAAUUAUCACGUGGAGUAUUUUAAGGAGAAUAUCAAGAAAAACUUUAUGCCUAGCAGCCGUACUGAUGCCGUGUAUAGAAUCCCGCUACCUGCUCUCCCUGAAAUUCCUCUAGAUACCAAGCCAAAGCCCUAUGGAGAAUCGAAUGACCCUAGUAGACCCAAGCUAAAAUGUAGUCUCAUUGACAAGAAUACUGUUCUUGAGAUUUCAGUGGCUGAAAUCAAGCGAUGCAUAUUUGAUCCGAUUGUGGAUAAGGCAGUUGACGUGCUCAAGACACACCUGGAAAAAACUAGCAAUAAUCGACCUUCCGCUAUCCUGAUGGUGGGUGGCUUCAGCCAGUCAAAGUAUCUGAAGCAAAGAAUUCAAAGCUUCUGCUUGCAAGAAGACAUUCCUCAUGUAAGUGCUCCUCCUAAAGGUGUCACUGCCAUCUCUCGCGGUGCUGUCAGCUAUUUCCUGGAGCCUCGUCUUGUGUCAAGAAAGAUUGCUUCCAGUUCUUAUGCUCUAUGUGUUGACCUGGCUAACAAGUCGAACAACGCAAGCCAUCUGUGUUAUUUCAUUCGAAAAGGUGCGUCCAUUGAAGUAGAAGAAAAGCUAUACACAAAGACUGUAUCAGUCAUGUAUCCUGGAAGCGCGGUCAUAGCUCUUUUCGCCCACGAUGAACCAGAAGGCAAGGCUGCGGAUGAAGUUGAAUCAGUAGGCAAGUGUAAGAAGGAGGUUGAACCCUACACAUCCAAUGAUGGCAAAAACGUAAAAAAGGUCGCUGAAUACGUGAUUGAUCUGCCGGAUUCUCCGUUGCUUUCUCCUGGUACAAUGGUGGAUUUGCAAGUUUCUUUCAAAACGGCUAUUGACGGCGUCUCGCUUGACAUAAAGAGUGUGGAUGAUAGAAUCGGAUUACAGACAAGCGGACAAACUGAUGAGAAGUGUAUCUCAUUCAAGAGAAUUGAAAUGGAUCCUCUAAAAAUCAAUUUGAAUAAGGAAGGUUUGCAACGCAUGAGCAUAUUUGGCAUCUCAUUUUCAAAAGGCGGAUAG